AUGUACAGCAUCAACAUCAUCCUGGGUCUCCCCACCAAUGUCUACAUUCUGUGGCUGAUGGUGACCGGAGCUGUAGGGACGAUGGCUUCAGACUUCUUUGCUCUCAACCUGACCGUGUGUGAGAUCCUCUACUGUCUGUCUGCUGUCUUGAAUUACCUGAACGAUUAUCUUUUCAAUGAUACUCUAGGAGUUGGUGUGGCGUUUUUCAUGGGAUUCAUUUCUAUUGGUCGUCCCCUGUUCCAGUGCUGUAUCUGUGUGGAGCGCUACCUGGCGGUGGUCCACCCUGUAACCUUCCUGAAGUACAAACCUCUGAGAUACAGGGUGGGAUGCUCUUGCUUGUGUUGGAUGGUGGUUCUUGGGUUCUCCAUGUUAAUUGCGUUGGUAUCAACCGUGCUGUCAAACAUGAUCAUAUUUCUUUUGUUAAACCUUUCACUCUGGUUUUCCAUUCAAUUGUUCUGUUGUCUGACUGUUCUCUGGGCUCUGAAACGUCCCGGUCCGGGGGAAGGAGAGAGAGAGGGGGAAGGGAUGAACAAAAUUAAGCUGAGGGCCUUCAGGAUCAUUUCAGUGAUCAUGGUGUCUAUGAUUGUCAGUUACCUCCCACUGGUUCUUCUCCUAUGGGUGACGGUGUCCUGCGACAGUGGGUGA